AGUAAGAGACAGUGAUUUGACGGGUACCGGGUCAACCAGCGGACAGGCUGUCAGAGAACGUGGUUCGCUAUAUUCGCUGGAUGAGCGUAUUCUUCGGUCAAAACAGCUCUCCGUGAUCACAGGAUUCAUCUGCAGGUUUUAAAGCGAGACGCGGCUCCACGGUUGUGACGUCAAGCUCGGGAAAGAUGAACCUGCCGCCGAAUGCGUGUAACGGGACCGCCGCAGACUUCUCGAGCACUGAAGAGGAGCUGUAUGAUUAUCAAAUGCACACCAGGAUGUGUAAGAAGAUAGCACAGCUCACUAAGGUAAUAUAUUCUCUUAAUACCAAGAAUGAGGAGCAGGAAGCAACUUUGCAAAUGCUGCUGCAUAUUACCACAGACACAGCAGACAACAUUCAGCCAACCACCAGUCAGUUUGAGGAAGGAGAGGAAUCCACAUCUGCCCUUAGGACCCGUAUCUUAGAGCUCCAGGCUACAGUAGAAGAGGUAGAGGAGCGGGAACACAGGGCCGAGACAGAGCACGCUGAGCGCAUGGCGGUGCUAACCCGAGAGGCUGCAGAACUCCGUCAAAACUACCUCAGUCUAGAGAUGGAACGAGACAACCAGUGCAGAUUACUGCAGCAAGUCCAGGAGGAAAAGAACUCCCUAGAAGAAGAAUGCCAGCUCUUACGACAAGUACGGGACGACAACAGGAAGAAAGAAGAGGAUGCUAAGAGAAGAGAAGAAGAAGAGAGGAAGAAAGAAAAUGAAGAGCAGUGCAGAGAUUUAGAAGAAAGGAGGAAAACGGAGCAGGAAUGGGAGAAACGUCUGCUCACACUGAGAAAUGCGCUUCAAACACUAGGUGAGGAAAAAGAAAGACUAGAAGAACAGUGGGAGAUGGAGAAGGAAGAGUGGAAGAACCGAAUGGAAGUCAUAGAGAAGGAAAGAAGGGAAGAGCAGGAAGCAGCAAGAAAAACUUUACAGCAAAGCCUUAAAGAUCACAUAAGCCAGUGGCAGCAGAGAGAGCAAGAAAACUGUAAAUUCCAGAACUCACUGCUGCAACAGAAGCUGAAGAAGUCUGAGGCAGAGCUGGAAAUACAGGCGGAAAGACUGAUGGAGUGCAACAGACACAGCAGUAAAUUGCAAGAAAGAAUAGAGGAUCUAGAAGAGCAGCUGGAAAAUUGCCAUCAUCGAGUUGCAGAGGCAGAAAGAAUAACUAGGAAAGCCGAGGAGGAGCUAGCCGUGGCAAAGGAACGAUUAUUACUGCAAGAAAAUGAACUUCAAAACAAAUCAGAAGAACUGUUAAACCAAAGCUCCUCUCAAGUACGGGUAUCUGCUGAAGUGGAGGAUCUGAGGUCUCAACUGAGUCGUCUCAACAUCAGGAACAAAGAACUGGAACUUCAAAACAGCGGCCGGUCUAAUGACCAUGCUCGAAUGCUUAAACAGCAUGCAGAUGCCUUGUCUUCCAUGCGCUUGGAGCUGCAGCGUGCUCAUGCUGAGGAGAUACAGCGCCUACAUCAAGAGGUGGAGAAAGAACGAACAAAUGACAAGCAGGAGUUGGAGGAGGAAAAGAGGAAAAUACAGAAACAUAUGGAGGAAGAAAAGGCCCGUCUUAAGGAGAAACUAAGGAAAGCGUUGGAAGAAUUGAUCUGUAAACAUGCAAGUGAGUUGCGCCAAGUGCAAGCCUCACUGGAGAACGAGAGAAAACAGGCAGAGGAAUUGAGAAAGACUGCAGAGGAAGAGAGACAUGGCCUGGAGAUAGAGAGAGGGGAACUACAUGAACAACUAGAGCUGUCUAGUACAAAGAUACGUAAACUGGAGGAAAUGAUACAGGUUCUGGAAAAGGAAAAAGAAAUUUACAGAAGAAAUGAGGAGGAAAGAGAAUGUGAAUGGAAAAGGGAAAAAAAGGCCGAAAAUGAGAAGGAAAUCACCAGCCUGGAGCCUCUGUGCAAGUCUGAGUGUGAGAGACUAAAUGAAGAAUUGAAAAACACACAGCAUACUAUAGAGCAAAUGCAGGUUGAGUUUGCUAUGGAGAAGGAACAACUGCAAAUGGAAAUAUCCACUCUUAAACAUGAGAAAAAGGUACUACAGCAGUCAAAUCACAGUGUGGAGGAGAAAAUAAGGCUGCAGUUUGAGAAGCAUUUCUCUGAUCAUGUCGCAGAGCUACAAAAAGAGAGAGAAAAGGAGAUUAGAGACAUUAAUGAGCAUUGGCAACAUAGAGUAGAGGAACUACAGACACAGCUGGAGGAGAAAAAUGUUUUAUGCAAGAAGAGUGAGAAAGAAAGUGACAGAAUGGAAUGCCAGGGCAAAGAAGAAAUGGAGACAAUGAAGCUGGAGAUUCAGAAAACAAUAGAAAUGAACAGCUCGCUCAGUGCCCAGCUUUAUGCCACAAUUCAGGAGAAAGAGAAGUUAAUAAAGAAACAGCAGUUACAGGUUGUACAGGAGGAAGAUGAGGAUGAGGAAGCAGGUUUGAACAAUGAAUUAACAGAUGUGAGGAGAGAGAAGCAUGGACGACAUCAGCAAGACCAGGAGUUGUUGCGGCUAGAGAGACUCAACCAUCAGCAUGCCUUACAGGCCUUAGAGAAACAUGCAAGUGAGGAACUGCAGGCGGAAAGACAACACCUUCACACCCAGUACAAAUUACAGUUGGAAAAACAGAAAGCAGAGUUAACACAACAGCACACUGAAUGGGUCAGACAGGUCACACAGAGGCAUAUGCAGCAGAUUGAAGACCUGCAGAAUGAACUCCAGAUACAUACAGAGAUGAUGGCUUUACAACAGGACCUGAAGCAGCAGAACAAACUACAGUCACUUGAGAGGCAACUGGAUGAAAGGACCAGUGAGGUGCAAGAACUGAGAAGAGAGAAUGAUGAACUGAAAGAGCGAGUCCAUGAACUCAACACGAAGAGAGAAACCAGCAUGAACCACAAACAAAAGAGCAGCAGAAGGUCAUCCAGUUCCUGGAAAGACAAAGGAGUUGAGGAUGGAUCAAAGGAUGAUGAGAAGGACGGGAUUGAUGAAACACAAAAUGAAGAGACAAAAAAUGAAGAGAGAACAGAAAUAAAGAACAUAUCUGAUUUCAACUCUGCCCAAACACAGCUGAAAGAGGAGAAAAGUAGAAGAGGAGUUGAGGAUCUUCACAUCAUUUCUAAACUCCAAGACAAGCUCACUGAACGAGACCAACUCAUCAAGAGAUUGCUGGAAGAUCUUCAUCAGCUAUCACAAUAUCCUCUAAGCAAUGAUGGGACAGUCAAAGCCUACCACCUCAGAACACAGUCAGGAAGUCUCACGCCUACCAUGAAGAAAAAGAUCCGAGAAGAUAUGCAACCAGGAGGGACCAGUAUACCAAGCCACAGUUCAGUAGAAGGGGCAUCACCCAAGUCAUCACAGUUGUCAAGUCGGACAGUCCUCCCAUCACAGACACAAACUCCAAUUUCCUUUCAUUCAGAGGUCAAGACUUCUGUUCGACAUACUCUUACUCCCACUCAUGACUUCCUGCACAAGUUGCAACUCAACAGCCAGCACACCAGGGCUCCAUCUGAAAAGAGGGUGAUUGAAGCUGUACCUGAUGGCCAAGACCCCAAGAGGCAAGAGUGGUUCACCAAAUACUUCUCUUUCUGAGCACACUUGUUCCAUAUUUUCCUGAAAUUGUUGACUGGUCAGCAUACUUUGAAUGCACAAAGAAUCUACAAAGUUUCUAAACGAAUUCACCCUGAUUUGUGCUUUUGCGCCAAAGGUGACCUCAUGCUGGUACUGUAUUGCCGCAUACGGUAUGUCGUGGUUUAUUGCAUAGCCUGAUGUGACCUCCCCAGAAAUGUAAAUACACAUUGUGGUGGCACAGACCACAACAACUUUGAUCAAUCUGGUAGCGGCAUUCUUUGCUUCUACAUCAGGUUCUACUGACAGGAACUCUCUUUACCUAUUUGCCCAACAUAUUUCAUACAAGCACAUAAAGACUUGGAAAACUGGUGCCUUUGUUAAGUUCUGUUUAUGAGGGCAUUUGAUUUAUGGCUCCAUCUAAAAAGAGGGUGAUUGAAGCCCUAACUGAUGGCCAAUACCGAGAGAGGCAAGAGUAGUUUAUCAAAUACUUCUCUUUCUGAGCACAUUUAUAUUAUGAUUUUGUGAAAUAGUUGAUUGGUCAACGUACUUUGAAUAGACACACAAAGGUUCAGAAAGACUAAACCCUGAUUUGUUCUUCUGCAUCAAGUCUAUGCUUUAGGUUGCCUCACAUAGGUACUGCGUACUGUAACUGCAUACUGUACUCCAUAGCCUCCAGCAUCGCCAGAUGUGCACCUCCCAGAAAUGUAAAUAUAGUCGUGGUGGUGCAGGCCACAACGGAUGUGAUCCGCCUGGUAGCAUCAACAUUUCUGGUUUUUAAUUCACUCUUUAUUGACAGGAACACUUAUCAAACAUAUUUCACACAAACACAUACAGACUGGAAAAUAAUUAUGGAAAAAUCAGUGCCUUUGUUAUGCUGUGUGGAAGUGUAUGAGGGCACAACAACAAAUUAUGACGAUAGUUUAAUCCAUGUAAUUUCCUUUCUUUCUGUUUAAUUAUAAACAUAAAUUAGAAAGUUGGUCAAUUAUCAGGUUUCAUCUUAACAUUUGUCAACCCUCCUCCUUUCUUGUUUGGGCUUUAUGACCAGCAACAGCUGAGUGAUUUUAUAUGGGCGUAGCGUUAAGUUCCUUAGCCGAAGUUGCCAUUCCAGUGGCAAUCAAGUGGUGGCCCAGGGCUCAAACCUAUGACCAUCUGAUCAGCACCCCAGAGCCUCAACCUCUUAAGCCACCACUGCCUUUGUAAAUAUACAAUAUUGUUUGACGAUAUUAAAUCUCAAGCAUACCCCAAAAUUAUUAAAUUGGCACAGGAGGAAUUGGUCUGUCGGGAGGUGACUGGUGUACACCAUUCAAAAUUUCUUAAAAAAUUAAAGUUGCUUGUGUGUUGGAGCUUGCAGACACUCGUUUUCAUGCUGUUACGGGUAAAUGUCAUAAACCUGCACCCCUAAAAUCUGUCUGUUGCAGAUUAACCUGCUAUCAGUAAAAGCUUCUGCUUUAUAGAGAUCCUAAGGUUACAUGUUUGGUUCACAGCAUCCUGAAAAAAAUUUAAUAUUAAAAUAAAACCCAACAUUUGACCCAUUUUCUAAUUUCUUAUUGAGCAUGAGAUCGAAAGAACAAAAACAACUUAAUUUUUUUUUUCUUUUGGAUUUCUAGAUAAGAAAUGCCAUCUUUAAACUUUCCAAUAUUUGAUUAUUAAUUAAUUAAAAGACUAAAGGAUAUACUGAUUUAUAAAUUAUAUUUUUCUUUCAUUUUUUUCACCUAUCUUUACAAACUUAUGCCGACACAUAUUGAGAUCAUGACUGUGAAGAAACAGAGGGAAGUAAAAACAUAAAACCUCAUAAAUCCAAAUAAAACAUAGCAGUAUGUAUGUAUUUAUAGGCACAAUUGUAUUUUUUCCUGAUAAGAUGAUUUAUAUACAAAUAAUGCAACAUUGUACAGUAUCUUGAUAUGCAGAGUGGGAUUUAUUGUUCAGUGUGCGCUGCAUGACUUAAGAAUAUGACUUAAGGACUAUUAAUGUGUAAUCAAAAUGAAAAGAUAACCUUGGUUAAAAUCCUUUGCAAAUUAUUACCCAUAUUGGAAUACUGAGUGCUUGACCAAAAUUUGUCAUAUCAGUAACUGUUGAGUGAAUUGUUUAAAAACACAGGUAUACACAGGUAUAUUAAACCCCACUGUCCAGGCAUUAAUGGUCAAAUCAGAUCAAGCAUUUGUUAACAUAACAAUUGUAAAAUAUAUUGCAAAAACAGUAACUUAAGAACAUAAAUCAGACAAUAAAUUAGCAUAAAUGCUGAUAAAUGGCUGAACAUAAAGACCUAAAAUGACAGAGGGGAAAGGAUUAACUGGAAGGAGGACAAGAAAAAUUAACACACAAUUAUAAUUGUCAAUACUAUAUAUACAGUAUGUCAAAUUAAAAGAAAUAAGAUUAUCUAGUAAAAUAAGAUAAUGAACCAUGAUAAGUUAUUCCAUUUUAACAGAGUAAUUGCUCCUUGCUUAUAAGAUUAUUAUUAACAAAUUUCCAAAGAUUUUGACUAUUCCAUGGACAUGAAUAGUCAUAACAGAAGCAUGAUGUUUUAUUGCGUUAACCAGCUCUUUUAUUAUCGUAAAUCUGCCAAUAAUCAGCUAUGCCUCUAUCCUAGCAAUGGGAGCACCAGACUCGCAUCAAAAACCCAAUACUAUAGUUUAUACUGUUACUAAAGUACUUGCAAGUAAUUACUCAUGUUACUUUAUAUUUGAAGCACAUCAUGGUCCUGGCUUUUUAAUGCCUCAUUUAUGGUUUGCUUGGCUGUGGUGAUUGAGUAGUUAAAGCUUUAUGAGUUCAGAUCCCAGCUACCACUUAAUUUGCCAAUUAACUUAAAUUGCUGUUACACUUGGCUGUUACAAUUGGCAUUAAUUUGCCAAUUAACUUAAAUUGCUGUUACAUACAUGUUACAUAUAUGCUGUUACAAAUAUACAUAUGAAUAAAUGCAUAUAUAUCAAUAAAUAUUUAGCCAAAUAUCUGAAUGCAAUCUGAAUAUUGUUUUCCUGAAGGACUAUAUAUAAAUAUAAGGUAUUUUUAAUGAAAGAGGAAACUAACAAACCCACAACAGCAGGAUUUGGAAAAUGCACAUUUGCAGUUAUUUGCAUUAUCCUAUUCAACCUCCUCAAAAUUCAGUCCAUUUUUUUAUUUUUUAAAAAUGUACAAAAAAAAAUUACGUAUGGCUGUAAAAAUGACCAAAGGUAACGAACCAGUAAUACUAUGUAACAGAGGUAUAUUGUAUAAAAGUUGUUGCUUGUCUUUGUUGUCCAAUGCUCUAAUUAAAAAUGUAAAUGUCAUGGGAGUGGAUAAUCUGUGGAGAUCUGUGGCCAAACCUGCUGACUAUUGAAUGCUAAUAAAUUUACAUGUGAAAUCAAAA